CUCCGUUAGGGCAGCGGUGAGCUUCGCGCUUCUGCCCGCCAUCUGCUUCCUCGGCGGCCGCCCCUCUGCUCUGUCUCCUCCUCCCGCCGCGAGUAGCCGAGGCCUCCUCCAUGCGGGAGAAGAGGAGGAGGAGGUGGGAGCUGCUCGCCGGCUGUCCCCGGCGCCCGGCAAGUCGGAGCCGACAAGCCGCUGAGCCGCUCCUGCCGCAUCUCCCCACGGCGCGCAGCCGGCGGUGAGCUCUCUCUGCCGCGCCACCCCCUACUCCUCUUCCACCGAUUUCAGCCCUCCUCUUCCCCCUCCCCCCCCUUUUUUUUUUUUCUUUUUCUUUUCAUUUUUGCAUUUCCCCCGCUUUGGUUCUCACCCUGGCCGCGAGCAAAGUGUCUUCAUGAGCCCAGAGGAUGUCCGGGAAGCACUACAAGGGGCCUGAAGUCAGUUGUUGCAUCAAAUACUUCAUUUUCGGCUUCAAUGUCAUUUUCUGGUUCCUUGGCAUUGCAUUUCUUGGGAUUGGAUUGUGGGCAUGGAAUGAAAAGGGAGUGCUAUCCAAUAUCUCCUCAAUCACGGAUCUGGGAGGCUUUGAUCCAGUUUGGCUCUUCCUAGUGGUAGGAGGAGUUAUGUUCAUUUUGGGAUUUGCAGGAUGCAUCGGAGCUCUGAGAGAAAAUACCUUUCUUCUCAAAUUUUUUUCAGUAUUUCUUGGAAUUAUUUUCUUCCUGGAACUCACUGCUGGUGUUCUAGCGUUUGUUUUCAAAGACUGGAUAAAGGACCAGCUGUAUUUCUUUAUAAACAACAACAUCCGAGCAUACAGAGAUGACAUUGAUUUGCAAAACCUCAUAGACUUCACACAGGAAUAUUGGCAGUGCUGUGGGGCUUUUGGAGCUGAUGACUGGAACCUCAAUAUUUACUUCAACUGCACAGACUCCAAUGCAAGCCGAGAGCGCUGUGGUGUGCCCUUUUCUUGUUGCACAAAAGACCCUGCUGAAGAUGUUAUUAACACUCAGUGUGGCUAUGAUGCAAGGCAAAAACCAGAAGUUGAUCAGCAGAUUGUUAUCUACACUAAAGGCUGUGUCCCUCAGUUUGAGAAAUGGUUGCAGGACAAUCUUACCAUAGUUGCUGGUAUAUUCAUUGGGAUAGCAUUACUGCAGAUAUUUGGGAUAUGCUUAGCUCAGAAUUUGGUUAGUGACAUUGAAGCUGUCAGAGCCAGCUGGUAAAACUGCUGAAGUAACUGCAACAAGACACUGGAUAACCGAAACGCUCUGAAACCUCCAGUGUGUCACUCUGACACCAAGCUGUAUGGAAAUGGGUGACAGGGAAGCCUUCUCUCCCAAGUCCAUGAUACUGCAGUGAACUCAUGUUUCUGUGGGAAGGGGGAGAGAAGAGCGGGCUACGUAAAGUCUGCUGCUCACUGACAAUUUUCUUUUAAGCCACCACCAGUUUGAAAGCUGUUGAGCCGUGAAUCUCUACUGUAUUCUUGAUCCUGAGUAACAAGUGGACACUUUUUUUAACUUGGUGUAUUCAAUGGGACAAAGUUGCAUCAUUGUAGUCUGUGGAUAUGCUGUUUAUUCUUCAUGUCAUGAGCUCUUCAAUGGCUGCCAAAUAUUCCUGAGAUGAUCUCUCUCCUCAUCACUCAAGAACGAUCUCCUUUAUUUUCACAGCUAAACAUAGCUACAGGCCUAAACCCAUGAAGCAGGAAGCAACUUUCUAUGCAUCUAUUGUACAGUAAAAGAAAUAGUUUUUAAAACAAGGGAUUUUUUUUUUUAAAUUCAAGCUUCCAGCCAUCUCCUUGCAUUACUUAAAGGCUGGAAUCAGCAAGCUCACAGGGAGAGUUGCUACAUUUUACCAACAUCUCUCUUCCUUCUCCACCCUCAUGUUGAAGGGAAAGGAGUUUUUUAUUUGACAAGCAAGGCUUUGUCGAGCCUUUGGUUGCUGCCAUACCUUAGGACAUCAAUCUCUUGAGGCAAGGAUGGGGUACAACUGUAUAAAUGUAUGAAAGCAGUGUGGAUGUUGGGUCCAAGUGAGUAAUAUUAUUCAAAGAUUGAAUUAUAUGUUAACUUAAAAGAUAUCAAAAACCUAUAUAUCUGAUGUGGCUAAAUCUUUUUCUUCUCUGGAAUUUAGUGUAACCUAAUGUAUUUAGGGAAUGCACUAAUAUCAAUGCUUUGAUAUACUUGUGCAGAACUUCUUUUGAGAUUAUUUUUCUUGGUCUGUUCCUAGCUGAAGCUUUGGUCUUUCUUGAUUUCUUUUCUUUUUACUUGCAUGAGCUGUGGAGUAAAUCUGUGCCACUCCCGUGCUAUAAAUCUGUGCAUACAUUUUAAUACAGUCUAAUCCAAACUUAUUUAUUGGUAAAUGCAUGUGAUUGAAGGGAUAUGAUCUUUCCAUAGAGUUGGAGAGAACACUUCUAGAAUAAAUGCUUACCUCCAGGGAACAAAUCCUUGUUACAAAGAUGCAUCUCCCUUUGUAGCUCCAAAUGCAACAAAAAGCUUUCUUGAAGCAGUGGAAUAAAAGCUCUGAAAUGGAAGUGUGCGUUGGGAACAGUCAAGACAGACUCUUUUGAACUGGACAGAAGAGAGUAGAAAUGAAGCACAAAUAGUUGAAGAAGAAUUAAAUCAGAUUCCAUCCAGCUGAGAAUUUUAGAUUAAUUCUUCACUAACAAUAGUGAACUUACAGACCUGACCAUGGCUUGGGUAGUUUUAUGCACUUUGUAUAAAUACAUCUUGUUGUGUGACCCUUCUCAGUAUCUGCAGAACCAGUCCUGAAAGCAAGGAGCUCUUGGCUCCUGCUUUGGUCCGACAGUGGCAAAGGGUGUGUAGCAUCUCUUUCUGAGAUCUUAGCAUCUUUCUGAGGUGAGCUUCUUAAAAUGAUGUGGAGUAGGAGAGACGAAUGCUUUGCUUUCAAAGUUGCCUUGUUCUGGGGAAUGAAUAGAAAGAAAACUGGUCUGGUGACCUCUUAAUGUCCUUUGACUCUUAAACAUAUGAACCCUUGCACAUUUUGCCUUUCUGUGCUUUAGCUGGCCGUGUUUUUUUUUUCCCCCUCUGGAGGCUGGUGGUAAGCACACCGGUGCUACACAGCUGCCUCAAACUGUCCUGUUGUCCUCCUGUCUUUGAACAUUACCUCAUCCUCUUCUGGUUAACUCCCACUGACAGGCUCUGAAUCAGGCAGCCUCCAUAUCCUUUGCUAUCUGCUGUUAAAGGCCAGCCAUGACUCAGAGUAAUUUAUUAUUAAAGCCUUUGAAAGCAGUUAUAAUUUACUCUCCUUAAUAAACUUGGUUCCCUUUCACCACAGUGUUAUGUUUUUUCUUAGCCACUCCUGAGGAGUUAAUGGUGUUUGUUUCCCCUAAGGGGGCACACCGUUUUACCUGAUAGCACCAAGGCAACUAGAUCAUCAGCACCAGUGGGCUGCAGCAGUGAGACAAAACGAUGUGGGGAGAAAUCAGGAGGAAGCAACCCUUACACCCAAGAGCUGAGGUUGUGACCUGGUGCUUUGGUCUGCAGAAAAAGAAAGAGCCUGCGUUACAGACACAUUCCUUGUUGCCACUGAUCUUGAAUACUGCUGUUGCUGCUGUGGGCUUCUGAACAAAAUCCCAUUCUUCUACUUGAAUUUCUGCGGUUGUACUGUAUUGCCUUCUGUCUUGUCACUUUGUUCUUUGAGUUCCAGUCUGCUGGACAUGCUGUUAGCAGUGUCAGACUGAUAGAAAAGUAGAUGCUGCAAGGUGAGCAGAUUUUGUUCUCACUACUUGCACGUGUACACAAGAAUGUGCAGCAUCUUUUCUGAGUUCCAGAAUGACUGUUCUUUUAAAAACCACUAAAUAACCUACUGUGGUAGAGCUUGUCUUUAUUGCUGCAGGUGCUGCUCUUCCCACACCCCUUCACCGCUACCAAGAGAUGCUCUUGUUUUCCUCCUUUUUGUAGUUGCCUGGUGGAUGCAUACUGAAUGUUCAGGAUUAGCUGUCUGUAUUGCACUUUUAAAUCCCAUGUUUUUGUGUACAGAUUGGGCAAAACGCCUUAGAAACGCCCUGUCAGCAGCUAAUCAACAGCUUAGGUGUCCUGUUUGGAAAGCAUACGGGAGGCCUUGGAAAUCAAACCUAUUGUUGUCAGAGCCUGCUAAAUGCAACCAAGCUUUCUUCCAGAAAACUUUGUGAAAACUUCAGGUGAGCUGUAACUAGAGCACAACUGCUGGCUGCAGGGGCUCAUUUUCUAAAGCAAUAAGAUGUGGUAGGCAGUAUGACUUGGCAAUUUCUAGUCACCCCAGUGUGGUUGUGCGGUAGGUUUGAGUUCAGAGGUCAGUCUAGUUAUUUUUAAUGUGCAGUAGUUGUUCAGAAAUUCUGUCAGGCCCUUGUGGAGUGUGAAGUAGCUGUUUGGGUGAUUCACGUGGGAUGGUGGCACUGCUAAUGAGAAGUGUGGUGGCUUUAACAGGAGCCCUGAAUUUGAAGAUGAUUCCAAAUUCCUCACUGAGCCAAAGGGCAUCGCAGUCAUUAUUUUGAUUUCUAGGCAUUCUCCAUACUCACAGACCUUUUUCUUGUGGGUUUGAUGCUUUUUUUUUUUUUAAUAGACAAAUGUUUGUUUCGUCUCUGUGUGUCUGUUUCAGUAGAAGUAGGAUCCUUUGGCUUAAAAAUCUGUAAUUUUGUUGUGUCCCUUAGCGUUUGGAGCUGUGGAGGUGCUUGCUCAAGUGUCUGUCCUGAAAGCCACCUUCUCUCCCCUUUGAGAGAGUUGCUAACUGUAGUUUUGAUGUGUAAAUAGUGUUUGUAAUGUAAAUAGUAGCAUGCAAAUGAAAUGAUUCUUGCCCAUGACUGUUUUUCUCAUCCCAGAAGCGUUCGUAGUAGAUAGGAAAGGUGUUCACCGAGCACGAUGCUGAAGUGGCUCCGGCUUCGCCUCUCCUGGAGGUGAGCCCGGAGUGCUUUCAUCGCCUGCCCUCUAGUGCCUACCCAGCGGUCUGCAGCAGACACCCGCGGCAGGAGGCGAAACCCUGCCCACCCACCUGCGCUCGGGUUAGUAGCAGGACCUCCCUUGCCUUUUUCCUCUGCUGCUUGGCACUGGAGCAGCAUUAGACUGCCAGACGGGGAGGGUUGGAGUCAGCAGCCCCUAUCAGUUAAUGGGAAGUUGCCAUCACUUGCAGCAAGAUUCACCGUGGUGCUACAAGAACUGUCCUGGACAUUAAUCAGUUUUUUACUACCUUAGAAAUGCCCCUGCUAAAAUUAAUUCUGAUUAAUAAUGUUGAUGACAGGAGAACCUCUCGUGGAAUUUUGAUUCUAUUUCCUUUUUUGCUGUGUGUGCCUUCUGGGUACAUUGAAAUGGCAGUUCUGCAAGUACCUGGGAAGGAGAUUAGAUCUCAACGGGUGUUGAACACCACUGAAAGUUCUGUAGUUCCUCCCAUUUUUGUCUUCUCUCAGAAGCUUUUUCAGGUAUCUGUUACUGGUCAUGAAACAGUCUAAAAUGGACAAGAUACAACUACCCUAUUAGUUACCAAAUUUUGCCAUUGGAAGAAUAAAAAUCCAUCUCCUUUAACAUACAGUAAGUGUUGUGACUGCUAGUGUGCAGCAGGCAGCACUGCUAGUGGUCUUUUGUGUUUCAGCAAUAGAAAUGUGUUAACAGAAAGCUCCAUCUGUAUGCGUGUUCAUGUGUGUACGUGGUCAAGAUGGACCCAAUACUACCUUGAGCUCUGAAGACCCUGGGAUUUGGGUUUUGUGACUUAAGAUGAGUUCCAACUGAGUCUCUCUCGGGUUCAUCCUGGGGUGUCCAGCAAGGUGUCGCUAUUUCCCCUCUGUGUAUUGUUCCUUUUUAUAUGAAUGUAUUCUCUUGUGAUCCUUUUGGUUUUGAAAUCAGUUGUAAUAUUGAUUGUAAGAGCCAACUACACGAUUGAAAGUAUUGCUAUAACAACUGCAUGCCCGGUAGAGUUUGACUUGAGCUUUAGUUUUCUGAUUUUUUUUUGGGGCUGGUUACCUUCAGUCUAGGAGAAAAGCAUAGAUCAGGUGCAUAAUGUAUUACUUAUCUUUAGCAUUAGACUGUGGUAUUGUAUCACAUGCUGAGCUCAAUGGAUGUAACUGGAUUCUACUUGGGAAGUGAAUGCAACUUCCUCUUCAUUCAUUUUAAGCUAUUGAAAGUGGUCUUGAUCAUGCUACUUGUGUUCUUGGGUUCUUGGUUUUUAAUAGAGGCAUUUUUUUAGGAAUGUUUUAAUACACGUAUGAUGGACAACACAAUAGUUUUAAUAGUUGUGCAGUAUUCUGUAUUUACUUGAAGUAAAAUCAUUUUAUAUGCAAUUUGUUAGAUAAUGACAAUUUUAUAAAUAAAAUGGUGUGAAAUA